AUGGGACCUACGCUUAUUCUCCGAGCUAUGGAGGAUAUUACUACGGAAGCUCUGCGCACCGCACCAACCAAGCCAGAGCUUUGUUCUUUGUCCCGGCGUCCUAUUCCUACCGUAAUGUAUGAGACGAAGAUUCCAAAACCCAGUCGUAUCGAUAUACUGUAUUACAACGGAUCGCCGAAUCAGCUGCCCGAAAAAAAGGGCGUGGUAUUAAAUACAUUUGCAUCGGGCAGCUGGAGGCUAGAAGACCGAGCCGAAUUUAUGCCGAUUGAUGAUUGGAGAAUCUUUGAUCUGACGAUGAAGCCAGAAAAGGGAAAACUGAAAAUUUUCAUCAACAAUUUCGAGUUUGCCACCUAUGAGGAGAAUCGUGAACUAAAAAGCAGCACACACUUCGCGAUUCAGGGGGAUGUCGAGAUUUUAAGUUCCCCAUAUUUAACAAGAGCUAUUCCGCAGGUGCAAAAAUAUUCCUCUAAUGCCACGUUGUACCUCGAAGUCCGAAAAUUGCAUGAUCACUAUCGGGGAUGGAGACGCAGCUCCGGUACAUGC